GAUGGAAAGAAGAAGUUUGACAAAGAGAGUGAAAAAUACUAUUCUAUUCUUGACAAGCAUUUAAAUUUGUCUGCGAAGAAAAAGGAGUCUCACUUGCAAGAGGCAGAUACACAGAUUGACCGAGAACAUCAAAACUUCUAUGAAGCAUCAUUAGAAUAUGUAUUUAAAAUCCAAGAGGUUCAAGAAAAAAAGAAGUUUGAAUUUGUUGAACCGCUUUUGUCAUUCCUUCAGGGUUUAUUUACUUUUUACCACGAAGGAUAUGAACUCGCCCAGGAAUUUGCACCAUAUAAGCAACAGCUGCAGUUCAACUUGCAGAAUACAAGGAAUAAUUUUGAAAGUACUCGACAAGAGGUAGAGCGGUUGAUGCAGAGGAUGAAAUCUGCCAACCAGGACUACAGACCACCCAGCCAGUGGACGAUGGAAGGCUAUCUUUACGUCCAGGAGAAACGACCACUUGGUUUUACAUGGAUUAAACAUUAUUGCACAUACGAUAAGGGAAGUAAAACAUUUACAAUGAGUGUUUCAGAAAUGAAAUCCAGUGGGAAAAUGAAUGGCCUUGUUACUAGCUCACCGGAAAUGUUUAAAUUAAAGUCUUGUAUCCGACGAAAGACAGAUUCAAUUGACAAACGAUUCUGCUUUGACAUAGAAGUAGUUGAAAGGCAUGGGAUCAUCACGUUACAGGCCUUCUCAGAAGCUAAUAGGAAACUCUGGCUUGAAGCCAUGGAUGGGAAGGAACCGAUUUACACCCUGCCUGCAAUUAUUAGCAAGAAAGAAGAAAUGUACUUAAAUGAAGCAGGGUUCAACUUUGUGAGAAAAUGCAUUCAAGCUGUGGAAACGAGAGGUAUCACCAUUUUAGGCCUCUAUCGAAUAGGAGGAGUGAACUCCAAAGUUCAGAAACUCAUGAACACCAUAUUUUCUCCAAAAUCCCCUCCUGAUAUUGACAUUGAUAUUGAACUGUGGGACAAUAAGACAAUAACGAGUGGGCUGAAAAACUACCUCAGGUGCCUUGCAGAACCACUGAUGACUUACAAACUGCACAAAGAUUUUAUUGUUGCUGUUAAAUCUGAUGACCAAAACUACAGGGUGGAGGCUGUCCAUGCACUGGUGCACAAAUUGCCGGAGAAAAACAGAGAGAUGCUGGACAUCUUAAUAAAGCACCUGGUCAAAGUAUCACUACACAGCCAACAGAAUCUCAUGACUGUGUCAAAUCUUGGCGUCAUAUUUGGCCCAACGCUCAUGAGAGCACAGGAAGAAACUGUGGCUGCCAUGAUGAAUAUCAAAUUUCAGAACAUUGUGGUUGAAAUUCUGAUAGAGCACUAUGAAAAGAUUUUUCAUACUGCCCCAGACCCAACCAUUCCUCUCCCUCAACCGCAGUCUCGAUCUGGAUCCCGAAGGACAAGAGCAAUCUGCCUCUCUACAGGCUCUCGGAAGCCCAGAGGGAGAUAUACUCCAUGCCUGGCAGAACCUGAUAGUGACUCCUAUAGCAGCAGCCCAGACAGCACACCCAUGGGUAGCAUUGAGUCGCUCUCCUCUCACUCCUCUGAGCAAAAUAGCACCACAAAGUCAGCUUCCUGCCAGCCCAGGGAGAAAUCUGGAGGGAUUCCCUGGAUUGAAACCCCAUCAUCUUCCAAUGGACAAAAAAGCCUUGGUCUCUGGACAACUAGUCCUGAGUCGAGUUCUAGAGAAGAUGCAACCAAAACAGAUGCAGAAUCAGAUUGCCAGAGCGUUGCCUCGGUCACUAGCCCAGGGGACAUUUCCCCACCCGUAGACCUAGUCAAGAAAGGGCCUUAUGGGCUUUCAGGACUGAAAAGAGCCUCCGCUUCCUCUCUCAGAUCCAUUCCUGCAGCAGAAGGAAACAAGAGCUACAGUGGAUCCAUUCAAAGCUUAACUUCUAUAGGUUCCAAAGAGACGUCCAAAGCCCCACCAAACCCAGACCUGCCUCCAAAAAUGUGCAGGAGAUUAAGGCUAGACACUGCCUCAAGCAAUGGCUAUCAGCGACCUGGCUCGGUAGUGGCAGCAAAAGCCCAGCUGUUUGAAAAUGUUGGUUCACCUAAACCAGUUUCUUCUGGGCGCCAUGCCAAAGCCAUGUAUUCCUGUAAAGCAGAGCACAGCCAUGAGCUCUCCUUCCCACAGGGCGCGAUAUUUUCUAACGUGUACCCAUCGGUGGAACCAGGAUGGUUAAAGGCAACUUACGAAGGCAAAACAGGACUGGUCCCGGAGAAUUAUGUUGUCUUCCUCUAAUACUGUUUGGUGGAUGGCAGUAUCUUCAUGGUAUCCAUGGUAACAAAUAAUAAGUGCUAUGAUUGUAUCUGACACAGAUAUGGGGAUCAGCCCACUAAAUGAAAGCAGUCAGUUUCUAUCAAGUUCUUCACCAGCAGACUAUGUACCUCCCAAUUUAUGGAUAAAGAAAAAAAUGUUUUAAUUGUUGGCCAUUCUUUUUUGGCUGGUUUCUUAUUUUA